AUGGAUGCGUCUACUCCACUCAAACGGUCGUCAACAGAGGCUGACCUAGAUUCGCCAAAGAGCUCUGCACUUCCACAGCCACGUCCAACGCCCAAGAUUUCCAAAGCUCGAGCAUGUGCUGAGUGUAAGCGCCAUAAAAUCCGAUGCGAAUUUCGCGCAGGCGAAUCCAAUUGCACAAAAUGCAUCCGGAGUGGAAUCAAAUGUGUCGUGAAUGACUUCUCGCAAAAGUUCGUUGACGAUGAUGGCAUAUGGAAAUCAGAGGCAACAGCUUCGAUACAACAGCUUCAGGCUGCGGUAUCGCAGCUCCUCAGCCAGGCAGGGUUGCCUGAUCUCUCCUCAUACACGGUCGGGGACACUCGAAAUGGACCCAGCCCAGUCACCUCACACAAUACCCACCGAUCAUCCAUUGGCACGUCGCAUCCCCAUACAAGCCACCAAGAGGGCCCCGGCGUAGUUAUGGAUGUCACUCGAGAGCCAUCGCAGGAGGCAGAUCUUCAAAAUCCGGACCUAGUUCCUGCCCCCAUGCGCAGCCUGUACGAAGUUACGAAACUCAGCAAUCUACGGAAUAAUCAUACUGAGGCGCCCAGAAAGACACUCUUGGAAGAGGACUUCAUCACGAGGGGACUCAUCUCUAUCCAUGAGGCUGAGGAGCUUUUUGCAUACUUUAGUCGGACAAUGAAUCAACUUCUCUGGGGUGGGAUCAUCCUCGUGCAUCACGACCUUACGUCCGUUCGUCGUGCGUCCACCUUGCUUUCAGCCGCGGUCCUGACUGUCGCGGCACUCCACAUCCCCAACCGGACAGCGACCCUCAACCGAUGCUAUAGCGAGUAUGUGUCAUUGGUCUCGAGCAUGGCUCUGACUCGGGCCCAUACGCUGGAUGACAUUCGGGGACUCUGUGUGGGCGCAUUCUGGCUAUCAGAAUUAAGUUGGAAGCUCUCGGGGCAUGCAGUUCGCAUCGCCACCGAGAUGGGCCUCCAUCAAAGCUACCAGCGCUUGACCCGCGGUCAUACCGAUCAAUAUAAGCGGGCCCAACUAUGGUACCUGCUCUAUGUAUGUGAUCAUCAUUUCAGUAUAGCUUAUGGACGACCGCCGGUGAUUCACGAGGAUAUUGCCAUCCGCAACUGCGAGACCUUCCUUGAACUCCCCAUGGUCGUCUCGGGCGAUUUUCGGCUGCUGGCACAAGUGGCAUUGUUCACAAUUUUGACUGAGGCGUACCGUAUGUUUGGCAGUGAUACUGAACAAGCACUCAUCGAGUCGGAUUUCAACCAACUGCGCGUAUAUAAUGUAGCCGUGGAUCAAUGGCGCUUACUAUGGCAGCCUCGCUCAGCGGACAGCCCGUAUGUACGAACCUACCCGUCGAAGGGAGUAGUUCUACAUUACCAUUUCGCCAAAUUCCAACUCAACUCGCUCUCCUUACGCGGCCUGUCUCCAUCCAACACCCCUUCUUUCUCCAUGGACCGUAAGGAAUCCGCCAACAUCGCCAUUUCAUCCGCGAUCGCAUGCCUCAACAUGGUGCUCGAAGAACCGGAUAUUCGGGAUGCGAUAGUUGGGGUGCCCAUCUUCACCCACACCAUGGUCACAUUCUCGGCGGCCUUUCUGAUCAAAGUUGCUAUGAACUGGAAUUCGGCCUACUUGAGUAUUAAUGCUCGUCAGGUCCGACAGAUUGUAGAGCGAGUGAUCGAGCUGAUGAAUUGUGUGUCUGCCGGCGAGCGGCAUUUGACCCGGCACAUUGCACGUGGGUUGGGCAAGAUGCUCGAGCGUUUCGACUCCUGGGAAGCUGCAUGGCAAGUGGGCGCUAGCGAUGGGAGCACCGUGGAUGCCCGCGACAUCCCGGGGGGCACGAACGCAAUGGCGCAGGGGUUCCCACCGCCCGACUUGAUCUACGACAUGGUUGGAACAUAUGGCUUUGGGCUGGACGAGAAUCUGCUCGAUCCGAGUAUGGCGAACUUUGAGUUCUUGGCGCAGUAG